AUGGAAAGUGCCAAAGAGGAACCCCAUGCCCGACAAGAGAGCGCCAAAGUUGACGGAGGCGUGCUGAAUACCACCGCCCCCAAUCAAGCAUCAAAGCGAUCGGAGUCUGUGUUGCCCACACACAUCAACGAUGGACUCCAACGAGGCCUGGUGCGCAUUAGCACGGCAGGGGAGAGUGGGAGAAGUGGAAUACACCCAGUUCACUUCUUAAAAGUCUGCUUCAUGAGUACUUGCACACUAUCAAUGUUGGUCAAUGUCCUAUGGCCGUUCGUGCCGGCGGCUAUCGCGAUUUACUUUGCUCGUCCGGAUCUUCAUGUCUGGGUCUUUGCUCUCAACUAUAUCGCAAUGGUUCCUUCGGCCAACCUGCUGGGAUUUGCGGGCGGGGAACUGGCAAAGAAGCUGCCUAAGGUUUUUGGCGUGCUGUUGGAGACCUCGCUGACAUCGGUUGUCGAGAUUGUUCUUUUCAUGGUUCUGAUCCACAAUGAUGAAGGUGGAAACCUUAUACCUGUCAUCCAAGCUGCUAUCUUAGGAUCCAUUUUGGCGAACCUCUUGCUCUGCUUGGGCCUGUGCUUUUUCUUUGGUGGUAUUGGCCGGGAGUAUCAGUCCUUCCACGAAGCCGUGAGCGAGGUGGGCACGGGGCUCUUGCUCGUUGCCGGCUUUGGGCUUUUAAUCCCGAGUGCUUUCAAUGCGGCAUUGAGCGGGAGCUCAUCGAAUACCGAAAUCACCCCCGAAGAGUUGAUGCACUCCACCCUGGUCAUCAGCAGAUCUACCUCGAUCGUCCUUCUGGUCGCAUUUGUGAUGUACUUAUUCUAUAACUUGCACAGCCAUCACAGCAUAUUUGACGAAGUGCUCGAGUUUGAUGAGCAUCUAGACGAAGAUCGAGAGAAAGAACUCAAGCGAGCGAAGCUCACACUGACGGAGUGCAUUUUAGCUAUUGUGAUAGCUCUGGCUUGCGUCUGCUUAUCGGCUGUCUUCCUGGUCCAGGAAAUUGAAAGUAUCGUCCAUGAGAAUCAUGUGUCGGAUAACUUCAUGGGUCUGAUUCUAGUGCCGCUGGUCGAGAAGGCCGCGGAGCAUUUGACUGCCAUCGAUGAAGCCUGGUUCGUUAGCUCCGCUGGAUAUGAGGAUAAAUUGUUGACUUUCCAUAGGGAUAACCAAAUCAAUUUCGCCCUCUUUCACUGCCUUGGGCCAUCGAUUCAAACCGCUUUUCUCAACGCGCCGCUUGCGGUUCUGGUAGGCUGGGGUCUCGGCAAAGACAUGGAUCUGAAUUUUGAGAUUUUCAUGAUUGUCCUUUUGGUGCUAUCGAUCCUAGUCGUGGGUAAUUUUCUGCGUGAUGGCAAAUCAAAUUACCUCGAAGGGGGCCUCUGCGUUUUGAUCUAUGUGAUCAUUGCCCAGCAUCAGCUGGACUUCCUCACGGGCGGACCCGAACAAACAAUGACGAGUUCGACCAACCCCGCCAAACUUGUUCUUUCAAUCUUGAAGGAGCGUGACAUACCUGUUAAAGGCAAUGAAGUCACGCAGGCUUUUAAUAAUGAUCACAAUCCCAGAAAGAAUACAGAGAGGAUGAUAGGAUUCCUAAGCCAGGAGUCUCUCUUGUCGCAGGAGGAGCUUACCUUGUAUAAUAAGCUCGAAAGCUCUGGUGCCUUGCAAGGCAUCCUUGGCGACUCCGAAGCCACCAAGAUCCGACCGCUCCUGGACGAAGACCUUCGGAAAGCGAUCGAGUCGCUCAACACGUCGACCGCUGCUAUACAGAAACAAACCGAAAUAUUGCACUCCCAAUGCGAAAGCCUAAACCAGCACCUCGGUCUGGAAGGGGAGCGGGCACUCGCGCAAAAGAGGGAAUCGGAACGGCUACGUCAAAAACACGAAUGGGGGAGGCAGAGUGUAGCAAAUGCGUCUAAUGAAUUGGCUGAGGAAGUAAGCGUGGCCCUAAAAAACGAGUCAGAAAAAGUGAUCAUAGACGGGAAAAGGAUACUCUCCUCUUUGUCAUCACAGUUGAAGGAGGAUGACAGGACAUUCGCCCACCUGGAGAGACUUGCAUCCGAAGUCAAGUCGAUUAACGAAGAUGCCUUGUUAUCGAAACAAGCUUCGGAGCUGAUUGCAAUGCUAACCGAGUAUACCACCGAGGAUAUACAGCACCGACUUGACCGAUCGUACCUGGAGGGCAUCCAGGACGGCCAUGAGAAUGCCAACAGCUCAGAAGAACUCGAUAUCGGUCUCAUAUCUGCACUAGAAGGAGAAUUGGAAUCUCUUUAUCCUGAGAUCGACGUACUUGCCGAAGUGUCCACGAAGCAGCAACAUGGUGAGCCUAUACUCCGCGAGCUCCACAGUCACCAUGAACAACUGCGCGUCGCUGCACAUAAGAAACUUGACUAUGUCAUGGAAAUUGUAACGGAGUUGGUAGCGUCUGCUGAAAGCUCGACUAAACGUCUACAAGACCGCGAGUCCGUCUGCGGCGCUCUCGAGACCCUCUGCGCCGCGUACCAACCAGAAGUGAAAGACCGAACUCCACACAAUGCGGUCUUAAGGAGCAAUACAAUGAAAAGGCGCUCUGUCCAUUUCAAGCCGACGCUUACGCCUUCUGAAGAAAGUCUUGGCUCUUCCCCCGAGCAUCACGCUCUAGCGGGUCUCUUGCGCCGCACGGGGCUAUCUCUAGAAUCGGUUUUCCAGCCUGAAGAAAGCCGGGGUGCAGCUUCUCUGGAUGAAAGGAGAUUGGUCAUGCUUGAGUACCUACGCGGCUACGGGGUCGCAGCGGAUGCGCCCUUGAUGGCUGAAAUGGGUCCCACCGACCGGGCUACCCGCCUUUUAUCAUACCAUCUUAACGCAAGUGGUCAAUUUGAGGAUUCGCUGCGAGAUGCGGAAAAUGAAGACAGGCUUUCUCUGCUUGAUGCACAACUGCGACACAUUCAACAGGCAAUCGGGCGGCUUGACCUAGAAAGGCUCCAUCGACGAGAUCAUGACCGUGAGAGUUUUAUGGCGAGUUGGGCAUGA